GGAGGGCGGAGGAGCGGCGGCGGCACCGGCAGCAUCAUCACCUGGCGCUGCGGCGGGGCGGGGCGCGGCGCGCGCGGCGCCUUGCGUUGUCUCUGGUGCGGGGCAGCCCCGGGCGCUGGGUGGCGGUUUAAAGCAGCGGAGCCGCCGCCGGUUGCGUUCGGCCGCCUGAGGAGGAGACAUGGAGGGGAAGCAACAGCAGCCGCCGCCGCCGUCCGGCUCCGCGGAGCAGAAGGCGGCCGCCGUGCCGGGGGCUGUGGGUGAGGACAAGGAUGCCGCGGCGGGCGGCGCGGGGCUGGCGGCAGCAGUGGGCGACGCGCUGGGCAGACCGCUGGGUCCCACGCCGAGCCAGAGCCGCUUCCAGGUGGACCUGGUCGCCGAGGGCUCCGGCCGCCCGCCGGAGGCGCCCCCGAAGGCGGGCGAGGAAGGCGGCGUGGCGGGGAAGGGCAGCGAGGAAGCCAAGGGCCGGUUUCGGGUGAACUUCGUGGACCCGUCGGCCGGCGACGAGAGCCCCGGCGAGCCCGGCGGCGGCAGCUCGGAGGGCGGCAAUGUCAGCUUCCAAAACGGCGGCGACACGGUGCUCAGCGAGGGCAGCCUUCACUCCGGCGGGCACCACCACUACUACUACGAUACCCACACCAACACCUACUACCUGCGCACCUUCGGCCACAACACCAUGGACGCUGUGCCCCGCAUAGACCACUACCGCCACACGGCCGCCGACCUGGGCGAGAAGCUCAUCCGGCCUAGCCUGGCCGAGCUGCACGAUGAGCUGGACAAGGAGCCUUUUGAAGAUGGCUAUGCAAAUGGAGAGGAAGGAACGCCAGCUGGGGAGGCAACUGUCACUUACACUCCAGAUAGCAAAGGGGUAGUCAAGUUUGGCUGGAUAAAAGGUGUAUUGGUACGAUGUAUGUUAAAUAUUUGGGGUGUGAUGCUCUUCAUCAGACUAUCAUGGAUUGUAGGACAAGCUGGGAUAGGUUUGUCCGUCCUAGUUAUUGCUAUGGCCACUGUUGUGACAACUAUUACAGGACUAUCUACUUCAGCAAUAGCUACAAAUGGGUUUGUCAGAGGAGGAGGAGCAUAUUAUUUAAUUUCCAGAAGUUUGGGACCAGAAUUUGGUGGUGCCAUAGGUUUGAUUUUUGCAUUUGCCAAUGCUGUUGCGGUAGCAAUGUAUGUUGUUGGUUUUGCGGAGACGGUGGUGGAGCUGCUCAAGGAAAAUGGAACGAUGAUGAUUGAUGAAAUGAAUGACAUCAGAAUCAUAGGAGCUAUCACAGUAGUUAUACUGCUGGGCAUUUCUGUUGCGGGGAUGGAAUGGGAAGCAAAAGCGCAGAUAGUCUUACUGGUGAUCCUCAUAAUUGCUAUUGGAGACUUUGUCAUAGGAACAUUUAUUCCUUUGGACAGUAAGAAGCCUAAAGGUUUCUUUGGUUACAAAGCUGAAAUAUUUGCAGAGAACUUUGGACCAGAUUUCCGAAAUGAGGAAACAUUCUUUUCUGUAUUUGCUAUUUUCUUCCCUGCUGCCACUGGCAUACUUGCUGGUGCAAAUAUCUCAGGUGAUCUUGCGGAUCCUCAGUCAGCCAUACCUAAAGGAACGCUGUUGGCCAUCUUAAUUACUACAUUGGUUUACAUAGGAAUUGCAGUAUCUGUAGGUUCCUGUGUUGUUCGAGAUGCUACAGGGAACAUCAAUAACACAAUUAUCACUGAGCUGACAAAUUGCACUACUGCAGCUUGCAAAUUAAACUAUGAUUUCUCAUCCUGUCAGACAGAAUGUCACUAUGGGCUGAUGAACAAUUUCCAGGUGAUGAGCAUGGUAUCAGGAUUUGCACCAUUGAUUUCUGCAGGUAUUUUUUCAGCCACCCUUUCUUCUGCAUUAGCAUCUCUUGUGAGUGCACCAAAGAUCUUCCAGGCUUUGUGCAAGGACAACAUUUAUCCAGGUUUUCUGAUGUUUGCUAAAGGCUAUGGGAAGAACAAUGAACCACUGAGAGGAUAUCUUCUAACAUUCUUAAUUGCUCUUGGAUUCAUAUUAAUUGCUGAAUUGAAUGUCAUUGCUCCAAUUAUCUCCAAUUUCUUCUUGGCUUCGUAUGCCUUGAUUAACUUCUCAGUAUUCCAUGCUUCUCUUGCAAAAUCUCCAGGCUGGCGCCCUGCUUUCAAAUACUACAAUAUGUGGAUUUCUCUUGUUGGAGCAAUUUUGUGCUGCAUAGUGAUGUUUGUCAUAAAUUGGUGGGCAGCACUUCUAACAUAUGUCAUAGUCCUUGGACUCUACAUUUAUGUCACUUACAAGAAACCAGAUGUGAAUUGGGGAUCCUCAACACAGGCUCUGACUUACUUGAAUGCACUACAGCAUUCUAUUCGUCUCUCAGGAGUGGAAGAUCAUGUGAAAAACUUUAGACCUCAGUGCUUAAUUAUGACAGGUGCUCCAAACUCACGUCCAGCUUUGCUUCACCUCGUCCACGCUUUCACCAAAAAUGUGGGCUUAAUGAUCUGUGGCCACGUGCAUAUGGGUCCUCGGAGGCAAGCUGUGAAGGAACUGUCAACUGAUUUGGCCAAAUAUCAGCGAUGGCUUAUUAAAAACAAGAUGAAAGCCUUCUAUGCACCAGUGCAUGCAGAGGACUUGAGAGAUGGAGGGCAGUACUUAAUGCAGGCUGCUGGUCUGGGUAGAAUGAGACCUAAUACUCUUGUUGUUGGAUUUAAGAAAAACUGGAGAGAAGCUGACAUGAGAGAUGUUGAAACCUAUAUCAAUUUAUUCCAUGAUGCCUUUGACAUUCAGUAUGGUGUUGUUGUCAUCCGUCUAAAGGAGGGCUUGGAUAUUUCUCACCUUCAGGGACAAGAAGAGCUACUGUCAUCCCAAGAAAAAUCUCCAUGUUCCAAGGAUGUCAUAGUAAAAGUGGAUUAUAGCAAAAAGACCGAGACGGACACUUCUAUAGCUUUUGCUCCGUCAUCCAGUGAAAAAACUCAUGUUCUGCAUAAAGAGGAGGACGAGGAUGGAAAGACUCCAACACAACCACUGUUGAAAAAAGAUCUGAAGAGUACAUCUCCUUUAAACUUGGCUGACCAAAGACUUCUUGACGCUAGUACUCAGUUUCAGAAGAAACAAGGCAAAAGCAAUAUUGAUGUCUGGUGGCUCUUUGAUGAUGGGGGUUUGACACUAUUGAUUCCCUAUCUUCUUACAACGAAGAAAAAGUGGAAAGAUUGCAAGAUCAGAGUGUUCAUUGGUGGAAAAAUAAACAGGAUUGAUCAUGACAGAAGAGCAAUGGCUACUUUGCUCAGUAAAUUUCGGAUAGACUUCUCUGACAUCAUGGUCCUCGGAGAUAUUAAUACUAAGCCAAAGAAAGAAAAUAUUGCAGCUUUUGAAGAAAUGAUAGAGCCAUUCAGACUUCAUGAAGAAGAUAAAGAACAGGAAGCUGCAGAUAAAAUGAAGGAGGAUGAACCUUGGAGGAUAACAGAUAAUGAACUCGAGCUUUACAAAACAAAGACUUAUCGCCAGAUUAGGCUAAAUGAGUUGCUUAAAGAACAUUCAAGUACAGCAAACGUAAUUGUUAUGAGUUUGCCAGUUGCACGAAAAGGUGCUGUUUCUAGUGCACUAUACAUGGCCUGGUUAGAAGCUCUGUCUAAAGAUCUGCCACCAGUUCUUCUUGUUCGUGGGAAUCAUCAGAGUGUUCUUACCUUCUAUUCUUAAGAGUACUGCAAAUGGGACAGCUAUGAUGAAAUGGUACUUCAGUGACCAGAGGAGUGACUGAGAUGUUCUAUAGAUUAUUAACAUCACAAAGGCAAAAAGUGACUCUUCUUUCACUAUUUCACUGACUUGAAAGCACACAAGGAAAGUCACUGUAUUUAUAAAGUUGUGACAUCUUCAGUUUUAUUCUAAAUCUUCUGUAAUUUAAUCUUGCUUAAUGGGGGAGGAUUCCUUGUUAGACUGAAGAACAAGAUGAGCUUUUUCUUUGCUAUUUGAAUAGCAGCAAUAAAAGUGUUUUAUUUUUGAUCAAUGAAAGGAUUAUAGAUUUAUAAAAGCCUUUUAGCCUUGAGGUGCCUUCUGAAAUUAACCAAAUCUCAUCCAUACAUCCUAUUUUGUAAAUUUAUAUAGAAUGUCAAAAUCUGCCUUCAACUAAGAGUUUAGGUCAGACUUCCUUUAGUUUCUAGUCUCUUCCAUAUUACAAUAAAAAUGAAUGCUGCUUUUCAGUCUUCCAUUGAGCUAUUAGUUCUUAGUACUGUAUGUUUUCUAUUGUUGGGAAUGUUUUGGUUUUUGUUUUUUUUUUUAAUAUAUCUGUUAGAUUUAAAAUAAAGGUGAAGAUUGGGGCAGGUCAGCUGGAGUAAGACAAAUUCCUGAUGUUAUUGUCAAGACUGUGUACUACUAAAUUUUGUAAUAGUUAAAAUAAAACUAAUUGUACUAGCUGGGAGGAUCCUUUUCUGAAAUUUGACAUUGUGUAUUUCUUUGGCAUUAGUGUGAGGUACACUGCUAAUAUUAGCUACCUUGGUGAAGGUGUGUCAGUCUUUUGCUCCGUACUCUAACAAGAUACUGGAUUAAUAUUAUAGGCUGAGGCCAUUUUUCUCAUUUAAAAACAGUAAGAAAACAGAGACCUGUCCUAGCUCUUGGCCUUUUACAUUUUGGUAUCACUUACAAUUUAUUUUGAAACAAAACUCAAGUUAAGGCUUGAAUGAAGAAAAUACGAUCGAUGUGAUGCCAUCUAACAGAAAACAGUAAACACUAUGUGGAAUCUUGCUAGGCCAUCCAAUAUUAAAUACAAAAGCUAAAGUUCUCUUGCAUUUUUCAACAGAUAGUUAAAAGGACCACUCGUUACUAGGGGAGAUGUUUUUAGGUCAAUUCAUUCAGUUGUCAGCAAAUACACCUAGUCUUAUUAAAUAAUAACUCAGGUUUGAUCAUCUUGCAAUUUAACUUUAUUCCAUACAUCCUAUUUUAUACAUUUUCUAUGUUUAAUAAAGAAACUGCCAAUUUUAUGUGCCCUUUCAUUGUAUGUUUUGACUAGUACAUAAUUUGUUCUGCUAUAAACACCUACACAAGAAAUUUCACUUAAGCCUAUAUACAAAAGUUAAUAAUGUGAACUAUUUUUAAAAUUCCUGUAUACUUUGGAUAGAAAGGAUUGCCUAAAAACAUUUCACAAGCUUUUGAUAUUAGUAUUGGACCAGUUACUGGCUCAGUUUACCAAUGCUUCAGUGGCUUUCAUUUAAGGAUGCACAGAAAAUGUGUAUUUUUAUGCUAAAUGCAAGAUCAAAUUGAAAUAUUGUAAUACCUUUUGAAGGGCAAAUCAGUUAGUUACUAUGUCACAAGAUAGAGCUGUAAGUUCUUAUGAUACAAGAUAAAAAUAUUCUAUGUAGUACAGUAUGCACUGUGGUUAGAUCAUUGGUAAACUGCAAAAUAAUCUGGUUUUUGGUUUUGCUGCUGGUUUCUAUCAAUUGGAUUUGAAUCUAUUGAAUCAUUUCACUUUUUUUAAAAGAGAAACAAGCCAUUAGGUUUUGCUGCUAAGUGUGAGGUAACUGAUGCCAGCCUGGAGCCAUCUUGUUACGAUAAACAUUGUAAUAGGACAGUUUGCAGUAAAAGCGCUGUUUCUUUGUGGGUGAAGAGGGGAGAGUGGUGGGAAUCAAACUUAACCGUUGUGUCUAUUACAGGUUUUGCAGUGGCUGUUGGGAGUGAGGAUGUCACAUUAUGAAUAUGGAAUCAUUGCCAUUUUUCUCUUUGUUUAGUGAGUUUUGGGGUUUUUUUUUGUUUUGUUUUUUAAAACAGAUGGACAGUAAGGCAUGGACUUAGUGCUGCUAUCUUAAAAAUGUGCACAGGUACACUUAUUUAAAAGGUUUUUUUGCCCAUUCAGGAAACCAUUGCUUGUGAUCUGUAACACAGAAACCAAAUGAAUUGUGUAUACAUGCAUAUAUGUGUAUAAAAUUAUAUAAAAUAUAUCUAAAUAUGCAUAUAGGGAUGGGGAGGGUAAUGUCUGUGAAAUAAUGUAGGAUGCUUUUCACAUAUGCACUCUGAGAAGUCCACUAACGCGAGACACAAGGUCAAGUUUCAAGAUUGAAGUUUUAGUGUAACAAAUAAUGGUAAUUGUUAGCAACAUAUGUCAGUUAGUGGUAGUCACUCCUCCAAUUUCUGCUUUGAUUUUGAUGCCAAAUAGAGUUAUGUUCCAAUCAUUGUUAAUGACUUGAAAAAUGAGAUAUCACUGACACAUGGCAAUUCAUAACUUUUAGAUUAGGUUUCUUUGUAUGGGUUUAGAAAAACAGCAAUAGCUGAAGAAAUCAAUUAUUUAUUUAUUUGUUCACUUAUGUUUGUACUUAGGUUUCCUUUUACAUAUGUUCUUUUUAUAUGCUUUUUCUGAUAUAUUUAAAAAUAACUGAAAAUAAUUUAAAGAUCUGAGCGUUAGUGGGUAAUGAUCCACUGGGUUUGAAGAUGUAAUGUUUGAUACUGUACUGUAACUGUCACACACGGAUGCUUUUCUAAUGUUUUAACGUAACUAUUGCAGUUACUACUUUGUACUGAGUGUCACUGCAAUAAAAGGAAGUGAAUUCAAUACAA